AUGGUUGAAAAUAAGAAAACUUUUCAAUAUCAAUCUCAACUUCAAAAAUUACCCAUACCCCCCUUAGAAGAUACUCUCAAAAGAUAUCUUACUGCUGUCAAACCUCUUCAGAGAGAAAAAGACCAUUUGCAGACCAUUGCAGCAGUCAAUCAAUUUCUGGAAAAUGAGGGUCCACAUCUUCAAGAAAAGCUCAAUAAUUAUGCUACUGACAAGUCUAGUUAUAUUGAAGAAUUUUGGUAUGACUCUUACCUUAACUAUACCGAUCCGGUUGUUUUAAACCUGAACCCAUUUUUUGUCUUGGAGGAUGAUCCAACGCCUGCUAGAAAUAAUCAAGUAUUUCGUGCGGCCUCUUUAGUUCUUUCUUCCUUAAAAUUUAUUCAUGCUUUAAGAACCGAAACUCUAGAACCUGAUGUUUUUAGGGGAACUCCCCUUUGUAUGUCACAAUUUAAACGAAUGUUUGGAACAGCUCGUUUACCAUUUGAUAGUGGAUGUAUGAUGAAUACUGAUCAUGAAUCCAUUCAUAUUGUUGUUUUAUGUCGUGGGCAAUUUUAUUGGUUUGAUGUAUUGAAAGAGAAUAAUGAAGUUGGAAUUACUGAAAAAGAACUUGUGACCAAUCUCAAAGCGAUUAAACAGGAUGCCUCAGAUGUCCCAAUUGUCGACGUGGCAAAACAUGCGGUUGGUAUUCUUUCAACCGAAAAUCGUAGAAUUUGGGCAGAUCUUAGAGAUAUAUUAGAGAAGUCAUCAGAAAAUAAUAAGGAUGCUUUAAGAAUUCUGGAUUCAGCUUUGUUUAUAGUUUGUUUAGAUGAAGUUUCACCCGCUUCUGGUGACGAACUUGCGACAAAUAUGCUCUGUGGUACAUAUGAUAUACAACAAGGUGUACAAUGUGGCACUUGUGCCAAUCGUUGGUACGAUAAAUUACAAAUCAUUGUCUGUGAGAAUGGUUCAGCCGGUGUAAAUUUUGAACAUACUGGGGUUGAUGGUCAUACUGUUCUACGUUUUGUCUCAGAUAUUUAUACUGAUACAAUUUUACGGUUUGCACAAACAAUCAAUAGUCAUACAAAAUCUCUAUUUCAUUCAUCAACUCCUCAUGGUCAUAAACAUAGCAAUGGUUUAUCAGUUAUGGACACAACUCCAAAGAAACUUGAAUGGACUCUUACGCCCGAAGUUCAUAUCGGCAUUAGAUUCGCCGAAUCAAGAUUAAGUGAUCUUAUAUUGCAGAAUGAAGUUAAAGUUCUCGAGUUUGAUAAAUAUGGAAAAAGCUUUAUCACAAACAGUCAAAUGAGUCCAGACGCUGCUUAUUAUGGCCUUUAUGGAUCAAUUGAAUGUGCUUAUGAACCAGCAAUGACAAAAGCAUUCCUUCAUGGACGAACUGAAGCAGUUCGUUCGGUUACAAAAGAAUCCGUUGAAUUUUUAAAGAUUUGGUGGACUGAAGCAUCUGGUUCGGAAAAGCUCAAGGCUUUACGUAAGGCUAUUCAAGCUCAUGUAAAUUUGACAAAGAUGUGUGCAAAAGGUCUUGGACAAGACAGACAUUUAUAUGCUUUGCAAUGUGUAUGGCAAAGAGAGGUCGGCAAUUCCGCCGAUAGUGAAGAAAAAUUACCAGCCAUGUUUAAAGAUAUGGGUUGGCAAACUCUAAAUCAUACCGUACUAAGUACAAGUAAUUGCGGUAACCCCGCUUUAAGGUUAUUCGGUUUUGGUCCCGUUGUUGCGGAUGGUUUUGGUAUAGGUUAUAUCAUCAAGGAUGAGGGAAUUGCGUUUUGCGCUGGUUCUAAACAUAGACAAACGCGUCGUUUCCUCCAAACCCUUGAGAAUUACCUUAAUGAUGUUCGACUUUUAAUUUUAUCAGAAAGACGAAUCCCUGGUUUAUCACGUAUCUUAUCUGAUGAUGAACACAUUAGCAUGGUUUCAGGAUAUGGCUAUUUCGAUGCUGGUGGUAUUGAUACAUUACUUGAGCAUCGUUUGGAUGAGAAGAGAGAAGGAAUGAAAAGAGUUGGCAAAGCAUUAAAGCUUAUAGAUUAUUAA